UGCGUCGGGAGAGAGAGAGAGAAGGAUAUGAGCGACAGAGUGAGCGAGAGAGAGGGAGUCAGAAAGUGCAGUUGCCCACUCAUCUCUCGCACUCGCUCUACGCCUUUUUAUGGCAGCCUCUUUUGAUCUUUUCCGCUUUUCUUCUUCUUUGAUAUAUCCCACAUCACUAUAAAGCACAUCGGCAGCACAACUUCUUUUGUUUGCUUCCGUCGAUCUCUGCCCAAUUUCGCAGCAGACCUCCAUUGCGGCUGCACACAUUUGUCCCCCAUCUGCGCGUGGUCUCCCGCGGCCUACGGUUCCUGGGGUUUUACCGUGCUCCCCUCCGGAUUUCCCUCAACUCGUGAUUUGCGCUGUUCAAGAAUGCUUUCCACCUUUGGGUUCCUGGUGCGCAAUUGCCUCAAGAUUUCCUUAGGAGCAUAAAAGUGGCAUCUCCAACAGAUUAGUACAGAGAUUCUACUUCACAUCUUGGGAACGGAAGAGCACUCCUCAUCUCCUAAUUUGGUCUUCCUCUUGAUUUAGAGUUUUGCCAGCAUUCUGACAAAUUCUUGAGGUUCUUUGCUGCCUCUUCCCUUUCGAUUAACCAAGCUGAAGGAUAGUUCAUCUUGAGCAUAUUCCUUUCAAGGGCUAGGUCAUCUUUUGGCAGAAAAAGAGUUAGGUUGAGAAAUGGCUGAAGUGAAGCCUGAGGAGAUGGUCCAUCAUCCACCCAUGGAUCAGCUGCAGGGUUUUGAGUAUUGCAUAGAUUCAAAUCCUUCAUGGGGAGAGGCAAUUUCUUUGGGUUUCCAGCAUUACAUUCUGUCCCUGGGAACUGCUGUGAUGAUCCCUACACUCUUGGUUACUCAUAUGGGUGGAAAUGAUCAUGACAAGGCCAGAGUGGUUCAAACACUGCUAUUUGUGACUGGGAUAAAAACACUGCUACAGACACUAUUUGGCACUCGCCUUCCCACUGUAAUUAGCGGCUCAUAUGCAUUUGUCAUUCCAAUCCUCUCCAUAAUCAAUGAUCGCUCGCUCAGACAAAUAGCUGAUGAUCAUACUAGAUUCAUGCAGACAAUGAGAGCCAUACAGGGUGCGUUGAUAGUCUCCUCAAGCAUUCAGAUAAUUCUUGGUUAUAGCCAGUUGUGGGCAAUAUGCUCUAGGUUCUUUAGCCCACUUGCGAUGGUUCCGGUUGUUUCAUUGGUGGGGCUUGGCCUUUUCGAGAGAGGAUUCCCAGAGGUUGGGAAAUGCGUGGAGAUUGGCCUUCCAAUGCUCAUCCUAUUUGUUGCGCUUUCCCAAUACCUCAAACAUGUACAUGUUCGGCAUGCUCCAAUUUUGGAGAGGUUCUCAAUGCUGAUCUGCAUAGCUCUUUUCUGGGUAUACGCCCACAUCCUAACAGCAAGUGGUGCAUACAACCACACUGCACUGCGAACCCAGAUGAGUUGCCGAACAGACCGUUCCAACCUCAUCUCUUCCGCAUUAUGGAUAAGCAUUCCAUUCCCAUUGCAAUGGGGCGCACCAACAUUCAAUGCAGACCAUGCAUUCGGCAUGAUGGCUGCAGUGGUGGUGUCACUAAUAGAGUCAACGGGAGCAUUCAUGGCUGCUGCCCGGUUGGCAAGUGCGACACCCCCACCAGCAUAUGUUCUGAGUAGAGGCAUCGGAUGGCAGGGAAUUGGUACCCUACUGGAUGGGCUAUUUGGCACUGGGACUGGCUCUACAGUUUCUGUUGAGAAUGUUGGUCUUCUUGGAUCUACAAGGAUUGGUAGCAGGAGAGUAAUACAGAUUUCUGCUGGUUUCAUGAUAUUCUUCUCCAUACUAGGAAAAUUCGGAGCACUUUUUGCCUCCAUUCCUUUCGGAAUAUUCGCUGCCAUAUACUGCGUUAUGUUUGGUAUUGUCGCGGCCGUCGGGCUAUCUUUUCUGCAGUUCACCAACAUGAAUUCUAUGCGCAAUCUCUUCAUUGUUGGCGUUUCGCUUUUUCUUGGCUUGUCUAUACCGGAAUACUUUUCUCGGUAUUUGGCAAGUGGUCAACAGGGCCCAGCGCACACAAAGGCUGAAUGGUUCAAUGACUACAUCAACACCAUCUUCUCGUCCCCGCCAACUGUCGCCCUCAUCUUUGCAGUACUCCUUGACAACACACUUGAUGUCAGAGACGCGGCGAAGGACAGAGGGAUGCAAUGGUGGGCGCGGUUCCGGACGUUCGGAGGGGACAGCAGGAACAAAGAGUUCUACACCCUGCCAUUCAACCUCAACAGGUUUUUCCCACCAUCUUGAGCAGAAGCUUCCACGGUCCUGGUACUUCAAACGGAGUAGGAAUGAAGCAAUCGUUGCGCUUCAGCGUUGUUUGCUUUUCAUGGAGUAUCAGAAGAUAAGCCGAGGCAACAGAAUUGGCAGUUUUACAAGCAAGGACUGAGGAAUUUCUCUCUGAUCUGUCGAUUGUAGAUAGAUUUUAUUUUUAUUUUUGCAAGACUUGGAAUUGUAGAUAAAUCUUUUUAUUUUUCGCAAGACUUGGAAUAUUAGAAAUUCCUAAUUGCUUGAAAGUGCCUAUGCAGCCCCUGAGAUGCGUAGUUGCUUUGUACUAGGCCCAUAUGUCAGCCAGUGCCCCCCCGAUGGUUCUGUCUCUUCCCCAUUCCUCAUUCGGUCAUUCCCCAUCGCCAUCUUGCCAUCUCCUCUCCCGACCUGAAGCUCUCCCCCUCGCCGUCCUUGUUUUUUCUCUCCCCUUCGAUUCCAGCAGCGAUUCCGGCUAACUGGGUUUCGCCGAGGAGCAACGGACCCGCGCGGUCGGUCCUAGCCAGUGUCCAGAGUUGCGGAUUCGGCGGCGUGCGGUGGCGGGGGUUGCUCACUGAUCUCGAGGUGCGAGAUUUUACAGCGAGGCUGUGGGGCGCGGUUCCUUCUGCAUGUCGCACGGGGAGUUCGUGGGGGCUAUGCGGAGGCGACUGCAUCGCUGAUUCCUGUUCUGCUAGCCGGAAGCAUGUCUGCGAGUCACCUCGACCACCACGGGCGCAUCGACUUCACGGGGUUGACGCAUUCGACCACUGGUUGGGGGAAUCGACUACGGCCUUCACAUCUAGCGAGUUAUUGAAGCGGACAUCAUGAAUGCAGUCGAUGAUGAGGCAGUGGGGGAGUGUCUGAAGAAGACAAAUCUAGAGAUUUAAUUCAUCGUCAUCGUCGUACUAGGCAAAAAUCUCUUGGGGUCAAACCCAGGCGCUUGAUAAUGUGGGAGAAAUUGCUCCGGAGGGUGACUACAUAGUGCAGUCUCCCCUGGAGAACAAUGAGAUUGCUCUAGCUAAUGGUAAACGUACUAGACGCACAGGCCAAGAGGAAGACUGCCCUGAUGUUAGCAUUCUGCAUAUGCCUGCGUGACAGGCAUCUCGCCUUGUAGCGGUUAACUAUGAAUACUUGCCAGGUUGUCCACGCCUACUUACCGGCUUAUCUACACCCAAUUGCCAGAUUAACCAUGCCUACUUUACAGGUUAACUACGCAUACUUGCCAGGUUGUCCACGCCUACUUACCGGCUUAUCCACAUCCAAUUGCCAGAUUAACCAUGCCUACUUGCCAGGUUAACUAUGUAUACUUGCCAGGUUGUCCACGCCUACUUACUGGCUUAUUUACAUCUACCUUGCAGGUUACUUAUGCAUACUUGUCAGGUUGUCCACACCUACUUUGCAAGUUAAGUGCAUAUAUUUGCCAUAUUUAUUAUGUCUAUUUGACAGGUUGUCCACACCUAUUUACCGACUUAUCCGCACCUAAUUACCAGGUUACAAAAUGAUAUAUUCACAAAAGAAGAUGGAAAAUUAUUGGUCAAGCAUGGAGAUCUUCGUGAAGAGUGUAUACUAUACGUGCAGUAGAAACUGGAGGUUGUCCUCUUGCAGUUGACAUAAGCAUAGAUUUGGGUCCUUACUCCUCUGGAGGAGCUAUCUAACAUGUACAAAGCCGAUUUGCUACUCUGAAUCUGGAGGAGGCAUUGUCUUGUUGAAUCCCGCAUUGGCACAUUGGUUUAUUAAACCAUCCUACUGUACUGUACGUCUUGAUGCAAUUUGGAAGAAAAGAGUUACCAGAGUAUUGUCAGCA